GUGCGCAUGCCCGCGCCCGGGUCAGCGGGUCAGCGCGUCUGACUGGCUGCGGGGCCGCAGGGACUCGCGGUAAAUGGCGCUGGUGGCGCGAAAGUUGAGUGUCGGGUGCGCAGAGCUUUCGGGGCGAUGUGUAGCGACUUCCACAGGGCUGAGUCUGGGACGCAGCUCCUUGCCCGACUUGAAGGUAGAAGUUCCUUGAAAGAAAUAGAACCGUAUCUAUUUGCUGAUGAAGAUUCAUCUGUCCAUGGUGACAUUCUUGAGUUUCAUGGUCCAGAGGGAACCGGAAAAACAGAAAUGCUUUAUCACUUGACAGCGCGGUGUGUGCUUCCAAAAUCGGAAGGCGGGCUGGAAGUAGAAGUCUUGUUUGUUGAUACAGAUUACCGCUUUGACAUGCUCCGGCUUGUUACGAUUCUGGAGCGCAGGCUGUCCGGCGGGUCCGGCGGGUCCGGCGGGUCUGAAGACGCGGUGAAGCGGUGCCUCGGGAGGCUCUUUGUGGUCAGCUGUGGCAGCAGCACGCACCUGCUCCUCACCCUGCACUCCCUAGAAAGCACCGUCUGUGGCCACCCUUCCCUCUGCCUUCUGAUCUUGGAUAGCCUGUCCGCCUUUUACUGGAUAGACCGCGCCAACGGAGGGGAGAGCACUAACUCCCAGGAGUCCGCUCUGAAGAAGUGUUCUCAAUUCUUAGAGAAACUUGCACACGAGUAUCGCUUAGUUGUUUUUGCAACCACACAAAGCCUAAUGCAGAAAGCCUCCGCCUGGACCGAAGGGCCUUCCUCGGCCGAAGCGGACUACAGGCCCUAUCUCUGUAAGGCGUGGCAGCGGGUGGUAAAGCACAGACUGUUUUUCUCCAGACCAGAGGAUUUGAAAACCAGCAACCAGUUUUCUUUAGUUUCACAUAAUUUAAAAAGUAACAGUUUUAAAAAGCAUGUUUUUAUUAUUGGAGAAAGUGGCAUUGAGUUUUGUUGAUACGUAUCACAAAAUGGUGUUUUCCAGGAUAUUAAACAAAAUUGAAAAAGUCUUAAUGGGCUAAAAUGAUUUGAUUAUAGGGUAUAAAACUCUGGGAGAAUUAAUAUAAAUGUUUCUAUACAGAAUGGAUUUUUUUGUUCCAGAAUAGAUUUCUUUCUUUUCUUUUUUUAAUGCUUUAUUUACUUAUUUUGAGAGAGAGAGGAGAGGGAGAAUCCCAAGCAGGCUCUGCACCAUCAGCAUGGAGCCCUACGCAGGACUCGGUCCCACGACCGUGAGAUCAUGACCUGAGACAAAACCGAAAGUCGGAUGCUCAACCGACUGAGCCACCCAGGUGCCCCCAGAAUGGAUUUCUUAAACUAGUACAGUAAAACCUUACACUAUUCCGUUCUUAGGUUGUUGAAGAAAAAUCAAGUGCUGGUAUUAAUUAAAGUGUAUAUUAAACUUGUUUUAAAACUAAAUAAGUAAUCUACACAUUGCAGCCUAAAUAAAAUGAACGUCCAUA